AAGAGCAUUCCAUUCGCCAUACGACUCCGCAGCGAUGAGCAUCAAAUUCAACGUGAACGGAUUUCCGUACGAGGUGCAGGCGGCGGACUACGCCCCGGAUACCACCCUCAACUCCUUCCUCCGGGAGCACCUGCAUCUGACGGCCACCAAAUUCAUGUGCCUGGAGGGUGGAUGCGGCUCCUGCAUCUGCGUCAUCCGCAGACGCCACCCGGUCACCCAGGAGGUCCAGUCCCGGGCAGCCAACUCGUGUCUGACGCUGCUCAAUACGUGUGAUCAAGCAGAGAUCUUUACUGAUGAGGGACUCGGCAACCGAGUGAGCGGCUACCAUUCCAUUCAAAAGCGCCUAGCUCAGAUGAACGGCACCCAGUGCGGCUACUGCUCGCCAGGAUUCGUGAUGAACAUGUACGGAUUGCUGGAACAGCAACGCGGGCAGGUGAGCAUGUCCCAGGUGGAGGAUGCCUUUGGGGGAAACCUCUGUCGUUGCACUGGCUACCGACCCAUCCUGGAUGCCAUGAAGUCCUUCGCAGUGGACAGCACCAUAGAGGUUCCCCCCGAGUGCGUAGACAUUGAGGACUCCUUCGAGCUUCUCUGCCCUCGGACAGGUCAAUCCUGCAAGGGCAGCUGCUCGAGACCUCCUCUGAGGGAUCAAGGUGAGGGAGGAAGCUCCUGGUACUGGCCCAAGUCGCUGGCAGAGCUCUUCUCGGCCCUUGGUCAGGUGAAGAAUGGAGAACCCUAUAUGCUGGUUGCUGGCAACACUGCCCAUGGAGUCUACCGGCGACCCAAGGACAUCCGACACUUCAUCGACGUGAACGUGGUGCCCGAGCUGAAGCAAUACAGCAUCGAGGCGGAUCACGUGCUUCUCGGUGGGAAUGUCACUCUAACGGAUGCCAUGCAGGUGUUCCUGCUAGCCGCCAAGAGGCCCGGAUUCGAGUAUUGCGCCCAGUUGUGGCAGCACUUCAACCUGAUUGCCAAUGUGCCGGUGCGAAAUAACGGCACCCUGGCAGGCAAUAUUACCAUUAAAAAGGAGCACCCCGAAUUUCCCUCCGAUGUUUUCAUCACAUUCGAGACUUUGGAUGUGCAUGUCCUUGUCUACGAAGACCCUAAAAGUAGCAAGGUUAUGAGUCUGUCGUCUUUCCUCAUCGACACCACUCCUAUGCUGGUAGUGGGUGGCUUUAUCUUGAAAGCCUAUCCUAAGGAUAAUUACCUUUUCGGAUCGUAUAAGAUUUUGCCGAGGGCGCAGAAUGUUCAUGCUUAUGUGAAUUCAGGUUUUCUGAUUGAAUGGCAAGAUGUUCAGAAAAAAAUUGUUCGCUCUGCACGCAUUUGUUUCGGAAACAUCUCGCCAAGUUUCGUUCACGCUGAGAAGCUAGAGAAUCUUCUUUCAGGCAAGGAUCUUUACGAUCCCACCACAGUUGCACAGAUCUUCCAGCAACUUCAAGCUAGCCUUCAACCCGAGGAGCGGCCACCUGAAGCCUCUCCGGAGUAUCGUCAGAUGCUGGCCUGCUCCUUGCUCUACAAGUUCCUGCUGGCCACCGCACCCAGGGAGCGGGUUACAGAAAGAUAUCGAACUGGAGGUUUACUUUUGGAGAGACCUCUAUCCUCGGGCAGCCAAUCCUUUGAGACCAUCAAGAAGAACUACCCGGUCACUCAACCAGUGCAGAAGUUAGAAGGUCUCAUCCAAUGUUCUGGAGAGGCCACUUAUAUGAACGACCUGCUGACCACCUCGAAUGCCGUGCACUGUGCCUUUGUGACCGCAAAGCGAGUUGGAGCCACCAUCGAGCAGAUAGAUCCUACAGCUGCCCUUCAGUACAAAGGCGUGGUGGCCUUCUAUUCGGCUAAGGAUAUUCCAGGAGUAAACAACUUCGUCACUCUGAAUCUAUUGACCCCCGAAGCCGAGGAAUUAUUUGCCGCUGGAAGGGUCAAGUACUACGACCAGCCAUUGGGAGUGAUUGCUGCCCUAACCCAUGAUGCUGCUGUCCACGCUGCCACUUUGGUGGUGGUCACAUACGCCAAGGAUCAGCGAAGGAUCUACACAAAUAUGAAUCAAGUGCUGGCCGAAAAGAAAGCCGAUCGUAUCGUGUGCUUAAAGAAGCCGGACCUCGAACCUCUGGAAGUACCCCUUGCCCCGGGCGAUGUUCAAGGAAAGGGCAUUAUUGAAAUGGGAUCCCAGUAUCACUUCACCAUGGAGCCGCAAACGACGAUAGUCGUGCCAUUGGAUGACAUCCUCCAGGUGUAUUCUGCUACCCAGUGGAUGGAUGGCACCCAGGGAGCCAUUGCCCAGGUGCUUCGUGUGAGCGUGAACUCCAUUCAGCUCCAAGUAAGACGGGUUGGAGGAGCUUAUGGUGUUAAGGAAACAAGAUGCAAUUUCGCGGCUUGUUCCGCCGCCCUGGUAGCCUCCAAAUUGAAGCGCCCCACUAGGUUUGUGCAGACCAUCGAGUCCAUGAUGGAAACCAUUGGCAAACGAUGGGCUUGUCGCUCGGAUUACGAGUUCCGAGCGAGGGCCAAUGGAUCUGUCAUCAUGUUGACCAACAACUACUACCAGGAUGCUGGCUGUAGUCUUAACGAGAAUGUCGUGGACUUUUUGACCCUGCCAGCCCUCAAAAACGUGUACAACUUGAAUGACUCUAACCUGAAAGCGAAGGGCAGUGCCAUCCUAACAGAUGCACCCAGUUCGACUUGGUGUCGUGCUCCUGGAACAACAGAAGGCAUUGCAAUGACGGAGACCAUGAUGGAGCAUAUAGCUUUUACCGCCCAGCUGGAUCCAGCAGAUGUUCGUCUAGUUAAUCUGGAUCCGGGUAGUAAAAUGGUGCAGUUGUUGCCAAAGUUUCUGCAAUCCACAGAGUACCGAAAAAGACGAGAGGAAAUUGAUCAAUUUAACGCCCAAAACCGAUGGCGCAAACGAGGUCUGGGAUUGGCUCUAAUGAAUUUCAGACUGAACACCACCAUUGCUUUUACCUACCCCGCCACAGUGGCCAUUUACCAUGAGGACGGAUCGGUGGUCAUCUCGCAUGGAGGAAUAGAGAUCGGUCAGGGAGUGAACACCAAGGCGGCUCAGGUGGCUGCCCAAGCGCUCGGGGUUCCCUUGGAACAAGUGCGAGUGGAAGCUAGCAACACGGUCAGUGGAGCCAACUCCAUGUUGACUGCCAACUCGAUGACCAGCGAGAUGGUCGGAUUGGCGGUAAGGAAAGCUUGUGACACUCUGAACCAGCGACUGGCUCCGGUCAAGGAGCGACUAGGUCCUCGUGCCACCUGGAUGCAGGUGCUCAAGGCGGCCUACUUGCAGUCCGUAUUCCUAAUCGCCACGGAAUCGUAUAAGUUGGGUGACAUACCUAACUACAACAUCUUCGGCCUAAGUCUCACCGAACUGGAGCUGGACAUUCUGACGGGCAACCAUCUGAUCCGCCGGGUGGAUAUCCUGGAGGAUGCCGGGGAGAGCCUGAGUCCACACAUCGAUGUAGGUCAAGUGGAGGGCGCCUUUGUAAUGGGCCUGGGCUACUAUCUCACGGAGCAGCUAGUCUACGAUCGUCAGACCGGACGAAUCCUGACGAACCGUACCUGGAACUACCAUCCUCCUGGGGCCAAGGACAUCCCGAUCGACUUUCGCAUCGAGCUGCUGCAGAAGAGUCCCAAUCCCGUGGGAUUCAUGCGGUCCAAGGCUACGGGGGAACCAGCUUUGUGCCUGGCUGUCGGAGUGCUCUUCGCCAUGCAGCACGCCAUACAGUCGGCCAGGAAGGAUGCGGGUCUUCCCAGAGAGUGGGUGCGCUUGGGGGCGCCUACUACGCCGGAGACGGUGGUCCUGAACUCCGGAAGCCAAGUGGAAGCAUUCGCUUUGUAACGAUAUGUGGAUAUAUGGAUAUAUUUCAGUUUAUUUUGGGAUAGUUUUGAGGGUUUUUGGCAACUAUAUUUGGUGUAAUGAGCUCUUUUUAUAUUUUUUAAUUGUGGUUUCUUUUUCUAUGUUUACUAUAUAUUUUUCGCAUAUUUCGUUAU